GAAAACCCGGAAGUAAAAGAAAACAUAAAAUGAAACUAUGUAGAGUGUUUCGAGAUUAUUUUUACUACCUUUGAAUGCUUUUGAAUGUUUUUGUGUAUUUGUUCAUCUGUACAAGAUUGGAAGAAAGAAAGCAUCUAUACCAAUUGGAGGCUCUAAAGCAUUUCAUUUGGCCAGGCCAACGCACAAGCUUUCCUAACAAUGACAGACAUCCCAGGUAUGUCUUCUGUGUCACUUUUAACUCCAGAGUCUCCUGGCAAUUUGGCAUUAUCUGGCACUGUCCUUAAACCACUCGAGUGUACUCCGCGGAGAUCCAUCAGAAAGUUUAAUCAGAACCAAGAACAAUGUAUGACCUCUACACCAGUUGGAAAUUCACUUAAAGACCUGUCUGAACUCUCUUCACCCUCUCCUGAAAAGAUUAAAAAGAUAUCAGACACAGAAUCCCCAGUUGACAGAGUCAAAAGAUGCAACUGGAGGAGGGGCCAAAAACCAAGACAACUGAGGACAAUCAAACAGAGAGCAUGUGUUAAAAACAAAAAUUCUCAUGCCAAACCAAAAAGUGGCAGAAAAACAAAUUCAAAGGAACAUUUUACUGAGCAAACUCGACACUCAAGGCCAAGGUUAAAUUUGGACAGUUCAAGUUCUGUCGAGCAAGAUGAGUUACCAUCAUCAGACCUGUCAAUAGAACUAAGUGUACAUGAGGAACCACAGCCACAUUUGUCCUUCCAGGAGGAUGAGGGGAGUCAGGAAGAUGAAGAGGAUGAGUUUCCAAGUUUCUUAAUGGUAGACACAAAAUCAUCGAUAAUAGCUGGAGGAUUUGUGUGGUAUAAAUUCAGAAAUUACCCUUUCUGGCCUGCAAUGGUAAAACGUGUGAAUCACAAAAUGAAAAGAGCGAGCAUUUUGAUUGUUGAGGAGAAAUUUAUUCAACAAAAGAGGGGAUUUUUGGUUUCUCUGAAAACUCUCAAACCAUAUGAAUGUGAAGAAUUCAAAGAACUUAUUUGCAAAGCCAAAGAAAAGUAUAAUGUAGCCAUUCAGUGGUCGAUUGAUCUCAUAGAAGAUUACAUUAUGCGUAAAGGAAUUGGAUCGUUCUCAGGCUCGUUUAUUGAGUACUACGCUCACAAUAUAAGUUAUCCAGUGAGAAGAAAAUACCAGUCCAUUUCAGAGAGACUGACUUUUGCAAAUGAUAUUGUGGUGGACGAGACAUUUUCAGGUGAUGAUCUGGACGAUAGUUUUAAUGAGCCACAGGAGGAAGAUGUGAAGCAUGCAAAGAGGCUGCUGCCAGACCGGACACACGCUGCCCAUACGCGAGCAAAUGAGAAACUUGUUUAUUUCAUCGUAAAGCAGCACAUGGUGGACCAGCACCUCAUGGCGGUAAUGUGCGGGCAGCGGCAGUCCAAGUGGCUUUGCUUGUUCUUGAGUGCAAGGAGAAGAAAAAGAGGGAUAGUGAAUAUUUAUCUGGAAGACGAUGAACAGCUGGAUCGGGUGUACUGGCAUUUAAGCAAGCUUUACACGACUGCUGCAGAGACCGACUCUUGCCUUGAGAGUAUUAAAAGAGUAGAUCAUGUUCCCUUUGUCCUGGAUGUCCUUUUACCAGAGGCUCUAAUUCAUGCCAUAGCUGGAGUAGACCACAUCUCAAUAAAAAAAGCAGAAGAAAAAUAUCUUAAAGGGCGAUGUGUAAGCAACAGGGAAAGGCAAGAAUUUGACUUGAUGAUUGAACAACAGAUGAAGACAAAAUCCGCUGCUACACUACUUUGAGUGUUUUUAUACAUAAAAAAGUAAACAAUAAUUUAACCAGAAAUGUGCUUUUUUAUCAUUAAAAUCAAACAUGAGAUCAUGAGAUUAUUAAACAUGAUGUUGAGACAAAAUGCCACAAAUCAUUGGUAUUGUAUACAAAAAUAAAUACUUCAUACCACA